ACCUCAGAACCGACGCGAACAGCUAACGGACUCUUCCAUGUCCAUAUAAGGGGUCAUGGAUAGUCGCCAGUUUCAUUGGAGCUUACAUUUUUUGUAUAUAUAUAUAUAUAUUUGAUAUAUAUAUAUGUGUAACUGAAACGUAUUUUCUAAUUCUUAUCGAUCCAACACAAAAUAAGCACCAAAGUUACAUUUUAUAGUUCUAUUUUGUCAAAUUAAAUUUGUGGCCUACAGAUAUUCGGCAUAUGCAUUUUCGAAUCCACACUAACUGUGUAAAUGGUUUCGUCCUAGGUCUAGGAUGGCCGCUGCUGUGGGUGUAAACAAGCAGGGGACCGCAGCAACGAUGGAUGUCUGUGUUCGGCACGUCAGGGGGGCCACAAGCAGCACCGUGAAGGUGUUGGAGUGUGGGGUGUGUGAAGAUGUCUUCUCUCUCCAGGGGGACAAGGUCCCCCGGCUGCUGCUCUGUGGUCACACAGUCUGUCAUGACUGUCUGACCCGGCUGCCCCUGCACGGUAGAGCCAUCCGCUGCCCCUUCGACAGACAGGUCACAGAGCUGGGGGACUCUGGUGUGUGGGGUCUGAAGAAGAACUUUGCCCUGCUGGAGCUUCUGGAGAGGCUGCAGAAUGGAGCGUCCAGCCAGUUGAGCAUGGCAGAGGACGCCCUAACAGGCAUGGGAGAGUCAAUAAUCCGCUGUGACGAGGACGAGAGCCACACGGCGUCUAUGUACUGCACGGUGUGUGCCACCCACCUGUGUGCCGACUGCUCCCAGCUCACCCACUCCACCCGCACCCUGGCCAAGCACCGGCAGGUACCCCUGGCAGACAAGCCCCACGAGAAGACACUAUGCCCGCAGCACCAGGUCCACGCCAUCGAGUUCGUCUGUCAGGAAGAGCUCUGCCAGCCUGGGCCGCUCAUGUGCUGCGUGUGCAAAGAGUACGGCAAGCACCAGGGACACAAGCAUGCAGUUCUGGAGGCAGAAGCCAAUUUGAUCCGUGCGUCUAUCCUGGACAUGGCCCACUGUAUCCGGACGUUCACAGAGGAGGUGUCGGAAUAUUCUAGGAAGCUGGUUGGGAUCGUGCAGCAGAUUGAGGGAGGAGAACGGAUAGUGGAGGAUGGCAUCGGCAUGGCACACACCGAGCAUGUCCCAGGCACGGCAGAGAGCGCGCGGUCCUGCGUACGGGCCUACUUCGCCGACCUCCACGAGACGCUGUGCAGACAGGAGGAGAUGGCGCUCAGUGUAGUGGACGCACAUGUCAGGGAAAGGCUCCUUUGGCUCCGGCAACAGCAGGAAGACAUGACCAUCCUACUGUCCCAGGUCUCCACAGCCUGCCUGCACUGCGAGAAGACACUGCAGCAGGAUGACUGCAGAGUGGUCCUGGCCAAGCAGGAGAUCAACAGACUGUUGGAGACUCUGCAGAAACAGCAGCAGCAGUUCACUGAGCUGGCCGACCACAUCCAGCUUGACGCCGGUAUCCCCGUCACCUUCACCAAGACUACAUUGUUUUCUCUGUUCCAGGACAACCGGGUCCACAUCGGCCCUAAGAUGGAGAUCCGGGUGGUGACCCUGGGACUGGAUAGUGCAGGGAAAACCACCAUCCUCUUCAAGCUGAAACAGGACGAGUUUAUGCAGCCCAUCCCUACCAUAGGUUUUAAUGUGGAGACAGUGGAGUAUAAGAAUCUCAAGUUCACCAUCUGGGACGUUGGUGGGAAACAUAAGCUACGGCCUCUAUGGAAGCACUAUUACCUGAACACACAAGCGGUGGUGUUUGUGAUUGACAGCUGUCACAGGGAUAGGCUGAUGGAGGCCCACAGUGAACUGGCCAAACUUCUGACAGAGAAGGAGCUGAGAGACGCCCUGCUGCUCAUCUUUGCCAACAAACAGGAUGUCCCUGGGGCUGUGUCGGUGGAGGAGAUGACGGAGCUGCUGAGCCUCCAUAAGCUGUGCUGUGGGAGGAGCUGGCACAUCCAGGGAUGUGACGCCCGCAGUGGCAUGGGGCUCCACGAGGGCCUGGACUGGCUGUCCCGACAGCUGGUGGCUGCAGGUGUACUGGACGUGGCCUAGACCUCCCCUUGCUGCAGGUGUACUGGACAUGGCCUAGAACUCCCCUUGCUGCAGGUGUACUGGACGUGACUUAGACCUCCCCUUGCUGCAGGUGUACUGGGUGUGACCUAGACCUCCCUUUGCUGCAGGUGUACUGGACGUGACCGAGACCUCCCCUUGCUGCAGGUGUACUGGACGUGGCCUAGAACUCCCCUUGCUGCAGGUGUACUGGACGUGACCUAGACCUCCCCUUGCUGCAGGUGUACUGGACGUGACCUAGACCUCCCCUUGCUGCAGGUGUACUGGGUGUGACCUAGACCUCCCUUUGCUGCAGGUGUACUGGGUGUGGCCUAGACCCCCCCCUGCUGCAGGUGUACUGGACGUGACCUAGACCUCCCCUUGCUGCAGGUGUACUGGACGUGGCCUAGACCUCCCCUUGCUGCAGGUGUACUGGACGUGACCUAGAACUCCCCUUGCUGCAGGUGUACUGGACGUGGCCUAGACCUCCCCUUGCUGCAGGUGUACUGGACGUGACCUAGAACUCCCCUUGCUGCAGGUGUACUGGAUGUGGCCUAGACCUCCCCUUGCUGCAGGUGUACUGGAUGUGGCCUAGACCUCCCCUUGCUGCAGGUGUACUGGACGUGACCUAGAACUCCCCUUGCUGCAGGUGUACUGGAUGUGGCCUAGACCUCCCCUUGCUGCAGGUGUACUGGACGUGGCCUAGACCUCCCCUUGCUGCAGGUGUACUGGACGUGGCCUAGACCUCCCCUUGCUGCAGGUGUACUGGACGUGGCCUAGACCUCCCCUUGCUGCAGGUGUACUGGACGUGACCUAGACCUCCCCCUUGCUGCAGGUGUACUGGGUGUGGCAUAGACCCCCCCCUUGCUGCAGGUGUACUGGACGUGGCCUAGACCUCCCCUUGCUGCAGGUGUACUGGACGUGACUUAGACCUCCCCUGAUGACUGACUUCUGUUACCAAGUAAAACCCCUUACCAUAGAUCCCAGAACGAUCUUCUUAAACCAUCCACGCCAUAAAGACCUGUCCACUAUAGACCUGCACCAGUCACAUCUACCUAAACCUUUUACCUGAUGAUUGACUUAUGGUAGACCCAGUCCAACCCAUACCCUAAAGACCAGUCCUACCAAAGUCUCAUCCCAUACCUUUCAGUUCUACCCUACAUCCCAUACCUUUCACCCCAUACUAAGGCCCUAGUCUUUUACCCCAUACCAAGGCCCUAGUCUAAGGCCUUAGCCCUACAUCCCAUACCUUUCACAUUUACAUUUACAUUUAAGUCAUUUAGCAGACGCUCUUAUCCAGAGCGACUUACAAAUUGGUGAAUUCACCUUCUGACAUCCAGUGGAACAGCCACUUUACAAUAGUGCAUCUAAAUCAUUUAAGGGGGGGGGGGGUGAGAAGGAUUACUUCAUCCUAUCCUAGGUAUUCCUUAAAGAGGUGGGGUUUCAGGUGUCUCCGGAAGGUGGUGAUUGACUCCGCUGUCCUGGCGUCGUGAGGGAGUUUGUUCCACCAUUGGGGGGCCAGAGCAGCGAACAGUUUUGACUGGGCUGAGCAUACCAAGGCCCUAGUCUAAGGCCUUAGCCCUACAUCCUAUAGCCGUUCUACCCUUCUCACCCCUAACCUGCAGAUAAGCUUCUUAUCCACAGCCAGUGAAUCCAUCAUUAGUCGUAAUGCUUUGUACUCUGCUCUAUCCUGGGUAUGCUAACAGCCAGGUUAUAGGGAUUCCCUCAAGCUUACUAAACUAACCUGCUUAUAAGACUACACAUUCCCAUAUUGCCUCAAUGCAGAUCAGAUGAGAUUCAGUUCAUGGCGAAACUCCAUGUUGUAGAUUUUCUUCAUUGGUACCAAUGCACUUGACUUGUGAUGAUUUCAUGUAAUGCAGCAUCAGGUCUUGAAAUGACACCGGUAGUGGGCUGAGUUCAGCUAUUAUUGACAUUGGUUAAAUAGUGCAGUUGAGUGAAAAAGCUAUUUAUGUUGGGUGGGUAGGGGAUAUUAUAGUAGCUGUGGUGGGAAAUAUCUAAAGUGUUAUAUGAAAUCUUUCUCCCACCUGUUUUGUGGAGUGUCUUGCAUGCAGAAUUAAUUGGAUGCACUUUUCUGCCGCUUCAAUACAUCUGGUUUGUGCUCAUGAGGGUGCAAAGAUUGACUCAUGUUGCAGAUGUAUAGACUAGACAUGAUUCCUUCAUCUAAUUGACAGAGGAUGAUCUACACACUAUUUCUGAACGUUCCAGAAUGUUGUGCCCUACAGAGUGUGAUACUGGCUUCUUUUGAAACCAGGACUUCUGGUUUGAAUUUAUUCAUCAUAACCUGUGAUGGUCUUCUGUUUUAGCCCAUCUGUCUGGAGUGCUGAUUGUUACAUUCUACAUUAAUGUUACCCACAUGUAGAUGUGAAACUUAGUCGAAACAUUAACCAAACACCUUUCAACUCCUGUUAUUGUAUGGAGGAACCAUCCUUUGGUUUGAAUUCACUUUCCUCAUUGCUAUGUAAUGUUACAAAUUCUAUGUAGAAAUAAAAUGCAUGUGUGAAGAG